AUGGGAGCAGCGGGCUCGAAACUGGAGAAGGCAUUGGGAGACCAAUUCCCCGAAGGUGAACGAUAUUUCGGUCUUGAGAAUUUCGGCAACACUUGCUAUUGUAACAGCGUCCUCCAGGCUCUUUAUUUCUGUGUUCCAUUUCGUGAGCAGUUGCUAGAAUAUUAUGCGAACAACAAAAAUCCUUGUGAUGCAGAAGAAAAUCUCUUGACAUGCUUAUCAGACUUAUUUUUACUGAUAAGCUCGCAAAAGAAAAAAACUGGUGUCAUUGCUCCUAAGCGUUUCGUCCAGAGAUUGAAGAAGCAACAUGAAGUUUUCCGCAGCUUUAUGCAUCAGGAUGCCCAUGAAUUCCUGAACUAUUUGCUAAAUGAACUGGCUGACAUAUUAGAAAAAGAGGCCCGUGUCGCUAAGAGUGAUCAUGAAACUUCAUCUCAAUCUGAAAAGGUUACUAAUGGGUGUAUUACUUCUAACGGUCCUCAAAAGGAGCCUCUGGUCACCUUGGUGCACAAAAAUUUUCAGGGUAUAUUGACAAAUGAAACAAGGUGCUUGUGUUGUGAGACAGUGACGGCAAGGGAUGAAACGUUUCUUGACUUGAGCCUUGAUAUUGAACAGAACAGUUCAAUUACAAGCUGUCUGAAAAAUUUUAGCUCAACUGAGACUUUAAAUGCCGAGGACAAAUUUUUUUGUGAUAAAUGCUGCAGUUUGCAAGAGGCCCAAAAGAGAAUGAAGAUAAAAAGGCCCCCUCACGUCCUGGUCAUCCAUUUGAAGAGAUUCAAAUACAUUGAACAGCUUAACAGGCAUAAGAAGCUAUCUUAUCGCGUUGUCUUCCCUCUUGAGUUGAAACUGAGCAAUACAGUCGAGGAUGCAGAUGCUGAGUAUUCCCUAUUUUCUGUAGUAGUCCACGUGGGGAGUGGGCCCAACCACGGACACUAUGUCAGCCUCGUGAAAAGUCACAACCACUGGUUAUGUUUUGAUGACGAAAAUGUGGAGAUGAUUGAUGAAUCUGCUAUUCAGACUUUCUUCGGAUCAGCACAAGAAAGUUUAGCCUCGACCAGUGCCACUCCAAUUUUGGUUGAAAUGAAAUGA